UAACCUCGCAAACGCAAACUGCUAGCUUCUCCUCGCCUUUCGAUGCUUACGCCCGCGGCCGCCCCCCGCCAUCUCCCGUCCCUCAAAAAGUUGCUGCGCCAGUGCCGCUCCAUCCAGCGCCUCAACCAGCUCCACGCCCACCUCCUCGUCCACGGGUCCUUGUCCGUGGCAUCCGAUCUCCUCGCCUCCUACUGCGCCCUCUCGGCCUCGGUAACUGCCGGAUAUGGCGCCAUCUGCCACGCGCGCCGUAUGUUCGACGGAAUUCUUGACCCGGACAGGGUCAUGUACAAUACCAUCACCAGAGCCUACUGCAACAGCGACUGCCCACGGGAAGCACUACGCCUCCACCGCUGCAUGCUCAGGCGAGGGGUCCUGCCGAAUGAGUUUACCCUGCCAUUUGUUGUCAAGGCGUGCACAAGAGCGCAGGCGUGGGAUAAUGCGCUGGCCGUACACGGCGUCGCUCUGAAGCUUGGCUUUGUGGGGCAGGUGUUUGUGGCCAACGCGCUUCUGCAUUCCUAUGCGUCGGCUGGGUCGCUGGGGGACUCUAGGCGGUUCUUUGAUGAGAUGGCGGGCAGGAAUGUUGUGUCGUGGAACUCGAUGAUCGGUGGAUACGCGCAGGCAGGGGAUACUAGAGAGGCCUGCGCCUUGUUCGGAGAGAUGAGGCGUCAAGGGUUCUUGGGUGAUGAGUUCACGUUGGCCAGCCUGCUUCUCGCCUGCUCACAAGAGGGGAACCUUGAGUUUGGUCGCCUUGUGCAUUGUCUUAUGUUGGUCAGUGGGUCUCCGGUUGAUCUGAUUCUUGGAGGCGCUUUGGUGGACAUGUACAGUAAGUGUGGGGAUCUGUGCAUGGCUCGUAGAUGCUUUGAGAUGAUGCCCAUCAAGAGUGUCGUUUCAUGGACAUCCAUGCUUUGCGCUCAGACAAAGCAUGGUUCAGUCGAUGCUGCAAGAUGCUGGUUUGACCACAUGCCAGAGAGGAACACAGUCUCAUGGAAUACCAUGAUCUCUUGCUACGUUCAACGUGGCCAAUACCAUGAAGCUUUGGAUCUUUAUAAACAAAUGCAAUCCCACGGUCCUGCUCCAGAUGAGGCUACCUUAGUGCCUGUCCUCUCUGCUUGUGGGCGAAUUGGUGACUUGACUGUAGGGAAGAUGGUACACCUUUAUAUUAGAGACAAUAUCCACAAUCCUGAUAUAUCUCUAAUUAAUUCACUUCUUGACAUGUAUGCAAAAUGUGGUCAGGUAGACACAGCAAUUAGGCUGUUUCGUGAAAUGUGUAAUAGAAAUGUAGUUUCUUGGAAUGUUAUUAUUGGGGGGCUGGCAAUGCAUGGUCGUGCAUUGGAUGCAAUCACGUUCUUCAGAUCAAUGGUAAGAAACACCUCACCAGAUGGGAUUACCUUUGUGGCCCUUCUUUCUUCAUGCAGUCACGGGGGUCUACUAGAAACUGGACAACAUUACUUUGAAUCUAUGAGACAUGUUUACAAUGUUAAGCAUGAAGUUGAGCAUUAUGCUUGCAUGGUUGACCUUCUUGGCCGACGCGGCCAUCUUGAAAAGGCUGUUUGUCUAAUAAAAGAGAUGCCAAUGAAGCCUGAUGUUGUGGUCUGGGGUGCAUUGCUUGGAGCUUGCAGAAUCCAUGGGAAUGUCAAGAUUGGCAAGCAAGUGAUCAAGCAAUUACUUGAACUGGAGGGCAUCAGUGGAGGUUUGUUUGUUCUUAUUUCAAACCUGUUAUACGAAACUAACCAGUGGGAAGACAUGAAAAGACUCAGGAAGUUAAUGAAAGAGCGAGGAACAAGAAAGGAUAUGGGUGUUAGUUCAAUCGAAAUAAACAACAGCAUCCAUGAAUUUGGAGUUGAAGAUAUUAGACAUGAAAGCUCAAGCGAGAUUUAUGCAGUAGUUGAUCAGCUGUCGUAUCAUUUGAUUUCUGUGCAUCCCUUGGCUGUGCAUCCAGAAGAGCUAUGUGUGGUAGAGUGAAGGAAUUUGUCUGGAAUUCUUUUCAGGAUCAGUUACAUGUUCAUAAUAUUUCUGACUCAGGCACUAUACAGAAUGAAGAUGAAUGUGGUUGGCAUAUUGCUUUACAAGUUACCCCGUCUGAUUCAGAACUUCCUUCAAAAUACAGUGACAUGUAUUUUGAGCUGGAGAGAGUAAUGUUCAUCACCAAGCACACACCCCUCCUGUUGAAGGCUGAGCAUAGGUGUACUGUUGACUAAGCACAUUUCUUAAAGAGCGUCCAGAUGUCAUGGUUCGCUGGGCAGGCCACUAGACUCACCGAACCCGAGGCCCACAAAUUCCGUGGUCACUAUCUCCUGUGACUGUGACGUUUCAACAAUAAUACAAUAUAUGUGGAGAGAGAGAGAGAGAGAGAGAGAGAGAGAGAGAAACUAAAGCUUGGCAACAAGAUCUCAGCACACACGUUCGCAGGUCACCAUUUCGAGUUGUCAAUAAGGCAAGGAGCUUACUUAUUAGCUCUUCUAGGGACUGAGGUACAUGCUGACAUAUAUUUUUCUUGUUCAUCUAUCUCUGGGCUAGAUGUAAGCAGAGCAACAUCAUCCAGUGUCACACAUUUUCACUGUGGGAGCCCUGCAGGUUUUGUUCCGAAGAGAAAAGAUUGAUUGAUUGAUUGAACUGAACAGCUGCAAAGGUGGGAUGGAUCCGUGCCCACAUUAAUCAGUUCGUGAUGCCUGCCACGUGCUUCUCUUAAUUGUGCACGGUGAGUGCCAUUACAUUACAUUGCAUCAGUCGCCAGUGGGGCCCUGCAGCUUGCCGUUUGGCAGUUGAAGGCAGCAACGUAAUGUACCAACCAGAGUGCCCAUGGGGCCACCAAGCGGUGUGCUUCGGCAGUUAUUAAGCGCCGAAAAGCGGUGAAUUGCCAUCGGCAGCACAACUCCAGGAUGCCAACAGCACGUGGCCACAUCACCUCGCCGAUCUGGAUCAGUAGCCCACUGGCUGGUACACAUUUCUUGUGAUGCUGUUUGCAAAGUCCAUGGCUAGAUGAUUUGGUUCCGGCUAAUGGGAAUAUAUUGAUGCGUUGUGAGGCUGCUUUGCUCUUCUUCUUUUUUUUCUACUUUAGAAAUCAUGGAACUGCUUUGUUUUUUUAAAGUUCUGGUGGUGGAUAAAGCAUGUGCCUGGAGCUUUGCUUAUGAUGACUUGCAAUCGUUUUUAUUAUUAUUUUAUAAAGAGCACCUACCUACCUACCAGAAUUGUGGGUAUUUUGGUUCUAUAUUUCUACUAUAUGAAUGAUCACAACCUAAGGGUGAUGGCCUACUAGAAAGACCUGUUUAUUUUGCUUAUUUGCGUGAGUGAAGAUGUGCCUCAUUUUCCUAGAUUGUGAUCAGGCAAAUAUACGUUUUCCUAUCAUGAGCAGAAUUGCUGACACGAUCAAGCUAGAACCUGCAAGACCAAGCGGCGAGCGAUAUACUCCUUCCGUUUUAUUUUUUUAUUUAUCACGUUUUAGUUUAAAUAUGAACUAGUGGUGAUAAAUUUUCGAACGGAUAAAAGAGUUGUACGCAUGCAUGGGUCAUGGGUGCAUGCCCCUACGAAUAUGUCGUGGUCUCGUGGAUAAUUCGACAACAUUUGAUAUCUCGUGUCUUGUCGUACUCGAGCUAUGCAAAAGCCAACCACUAAAUCUGUGGUCUACAGUCUCUACUCUGUACAGACUGCUAGGGCAAGAUAAGGAUGAUUAAGCCACAAUGUAUGUGCCACAUGCCUUAAUUAAAUCAUGGCCUCCCUGGAUCUCUACCAACCGAAUGGAUUGAUGAUAUGUAUAAUGAUAGAGAUGCGACUAAUCACAACUCACAAAUUAAGGACCAUACAAAUGCAUUCAAGGUAGUUAGGUUAGACCCUGUUUGAAACCCCUAGAUAUAAUAGUUAGUCAGCUAACAAAUUAUUAGCUGAGUUAAGCCAGCUAAUAAAUUAAUUGUUUAGAACCUCUACCACUAAUUUUAGCAGCUAUCUCAGAUUCCAAACAAGGCCUUGGCUCUUGACAAAAAGGCAAGCAACAAGAACUAGGGCUCAUCAAUGAAAUGUGGCCAAUACUCUGAGACCUUGGAAUGUUUGUUACAGUAACUGGAAUAGUUGGUAGUACCGGAUACAGAUGUUGAGAAUACGAGUCUGAUCACUGUCACA